AUGGGGUCUCUGAGCAUAGAACACGGCGACAACGUGAACUCCGAUGGCGCGCCGCCGCGCAAGUUCGCGCUGGCGGUGGACUCGGAGAACAAGGCGACCGAGUUCCGCCUCUUCUCGUUCGCGGCGCCUCACAUGCGCACCUUCCACCUCUCCUGGUUCUCCUUCUUCUCCUGCUUCGUCUCCACCUUCGCGGCCCCGCCGCUCCUCCCCAUCAUCCGCGACAACCUCAACCUCACCUCCACCGACAUCGGCAACGCCGGGAUCGCUUCCGUCUCCGGGGCUGUCUUCGCCAGGCUCGUCAUGGGCAGCGCCUGCGACCUCGUGGGGCCCCGCCUCGCCUCCUCGUCCCUCAUCCUCAUCACCACCCCCCCCGUCUUCUUCACCGCCUGCAUCAAUUCGCCUUUCUCCUACUUCCUGGUGCGGUUCCUCACCGGGUUCUCCCUCGCCAGCUUCGUCUCCUGUCAGUUCUGGAUGAGCUCCAUGUUCAACCCCACCAAGGUGGGCGUCGCCAACGGAGUGGCCGCCGGAUGGGGCAACCUCGGCGGCGGCGCCACCCAGCUGAUCAUGCCGCUGGUCUUCGAACUGAUCAAGCACAUGGGCAGCACCAAGUUCACCGCCUGGCGCAUCGCCUUCUUCAUCCCCGGCGUGAUGCAGACCGUCUCCGCCCUCGGCGUCAUGAUCCUCGGCCAGGACCUUCCCGACGGCAAUUACCGCGACCUCAUGGAGACCGGCGAGAAGACCAAGGACAGCUUCUCCAGGGUCUUCGCCAACGCCGCCAAGAACUACCGCGGCUGGAUCACCGCGCUCUGCUACGGCUACUGCUUCGGGGUGGAGCUGGCCAUCGACAACGUCAUCGCCGAGUACUUCUACGACAGGUUCGACCUCAACCUGCGGACGGCGGGGAUCAUCGCCGCCAGCUUCGGCAUGGCCAACAUCGUGUCCAGGCCCGGGGGGGGCUUCCUCUCCGACUUCCUCGCCGCCAGGUUCGGGAUGAGGGGGAGGCUCUGGGGCUGGUGGAUCGUCCAGACCCUGGGCGGCGUCCUCUGCAUCUGGCUCGGCAAGACCAGCUCCCUCAGCCUCGCCAUCUUCGUCAUGAUCGUCUUCUCCGUCUUCGUACAGGCCGCCUGCGGCCUCGCCUUCGGGGUCGUCCCCUUCAUCUCCAGGAGGUAACAACUUUUAACUCAAACCAUAAACGCAGCUCUUCCUCCCCAGCCUUCUCCUCUUCGCCGGCAACUUCCCCCCUUACUGCCGGUGAAAAAAAAGGCCUUCUCUCUCGGGGUGCGUGUGUGUGUGUGUGUUGUUCUGACCUAACUACGAAUGGACUGGACUUUAUUCGUGUGCGCAGGUCUCUGGGGCUGGUCUCGGGGAUGACCGGCGGCGGGGGGAACGUCGGGGCGGUGAUCACGCAGCUGCUCUUCUUCAAGGGGACCAGAUACACCAAGGAGGACGGGAUCACGUACAUGGGGAUCAUGAUCCUCUGCUGCACUCUCCCCAUCAUGCUCAUCUACUUCCCCAUGUGGGGAGGGAUGCUCUUCGGGCCCUCGUCCAAGGAGGACGCCACCGAGGAGAACUACUACGCGGCGGAGUGGAGCGCCGAGGAGAAGGCCAGGGGCCUCCACCUCAACACCAUCAAGUUCGCCGAGAACUCCAAGGGGGAGAGGGGGAGGAGGAGGAGACUAGCCCCCACCACCGACGCCACCCCCUCCCACGUCUGA